AGGAAGGCUACAUUGUUAUAACUGUAAAGAGUAGUUACGGAGCCCUGGCACACAAUUAUGGAAAUUUGAGACUGUCUGGAGAAAAGCUGCCUGGUCCGAAGUCAAACCUCUUGGAACCGAAAAAGAAAUGCCCAAUACAAAACAGUCUGAAGAGUGUCAGUCAGCUGGAUGCAAAAUGUCCAGGGAGUGUUGGAUCUCCAAAGGCCAUAUUUCCCCCUGAGAAUAAUGUCCUAGAAAAGGACAAUUGUGGGAGGCAUUUCUUGUUUGACAGAAGAUGGAAAAAUGGAGAGUUCAAAGAUGAGAUGUACCUCAAAACAACCACCACUGUGUCUCCUCUACCUCGGCCUUAUCAGGUUCAGAAAUCAAAUAAUUUUCAGCGGUUUUCACUACUGAGGCAGGCUUGUAAUAGCCCCUCUAAGACAUGUUGCCCUUUUGAAGGUUAUGAUCUCACUUCAGUUCCAAGUCGUCUGUUACCAGCUACCUCAGCAGCCCCCGAAAAGUCGCUCUCGGUCGAAAUUUUUAAACACAGAUCAAGAAUAAGUAAUCGCACGUGCAGCCUUUUUACUAUUGGUGCAAACCAUAAAAGUCAGUUUUUUCCUGAUCCUGUGGCGGGGGCGACAGCCUCCUUCAUCCAAAGGCUCUCUGAGAUCUCAUCACUGGAGGGGGAGACCAUCCGACAGGAGAAAAUGAAAAAGAUGAAGAAGAGCAGGAAACAGGACUAAUGGCCACUACUUCAGCUGACCCUCUCUGGGUACAGAUCUGGCCCUGAUCUGGCUUUAGUCUGGCAUGAGAGAGUGGAGGAACAUGGACAUCCCACACACAUGUGCCAGGGCAAAAAUCAUAAAAACACAGGGGGUCCAAA